CAUAUUUUAGACUUAAUCUUCCCGUUAAAGGGAAACCCCUAAAUUUUAUUUAACCCCAUUAACUAGUUGUUGGAAUUGUGCCAUGGAUUUGAGCUUUGCCACUCAAACUUCAAAUUAACAUGAUGAAUUUGAGCAAUUGCCUUAUUUGUUGAGUAAAAAAAAAAUCCAAAUUAGUGAGACUCAUGGAUUUGUAAAUCUCUUUUUAUUUUUUAUUUGGGAUUUGGUUGAGGGAUAAAAAUAAUUGGUGUGAAAAAGCUAUAAAUCCAUGGUAAAAAAAAAUUAACUAUACAAACAAUGUACUCUUUCAAAUACAUGAUGCAGCCAACAAAUCUAUCAUAAAUCCAAAAACUUUCCAAACUCAACUAAAUACUUAUUUUCAAAUCCAACAAGCAAACAAUCCCUUAUUCGAAUAUAAUUAGAUUAUGUUGCAUCCAUUAUGAACCAAAUCGUUGCAUUGCCUUGCCUGCAACUACCUAUGGAUUACAUACAUAAGGAUGGAUGUAUAUAGACAUUACUAGAUUGAUUAAUUAUUUUAUAAAGCCAUAAUCCAAUCAAAGGUUGACAAGUAUGCUCCCUUUUGGAAUUGAAUUAUAUGUUGGGAGAAGACACCAAGGUUGGGAUGUCGAAUAAUCCCCGGACAUGCUAAUCACAUCCUGAUCCCCCCGUGAUUAGAGAGUAAGAUGGAAGUAAUUAAAAGCCGAAAGAAAUUUUGGUUGUAAUGUGCAUGUGAUAAGUUGGCAAUGUUUGCUGUUUAUUUGUGUUCCUAAUUUGUUAUUAGUAAAUUAAUUAAUUAUGCCGUUAUUAAUUAGGCGCCGGCAGUGGCACCAAAUCCGGGACAAUACAUAUGGUCUUUUACAUGGGAGUGUUCAUUGAUUUUAUUCGAAAACAGGUGUCUUCGAGGCACCAGAUACAGUAUAACAUUAUAAUCAAAUUUUGAGGGGAAUGUAGCCCUUCCUGAACUGCACGUACAUAGCUCCACCAUGACGGUCGUGUGAGGUCGUAGUCGACCUGCCAUAUGGUGCUAUAAGCAUAUAUCAUCCAAAGUCGGUGCUCCUUUUCACAUCUCAAUUUCUCGUCACAUUUUUCUAGUCGCAUGCCUCCGAGAAAUCCACUAUAUUGGUCGAAUCACCUUCGCUUCUAGCUAGCAGCAGGUUGAAACACAUACGUCUCGACUCGAAAUUAUCUAACCGCCUCGGAAUGUGUGAGCUGGCUCGCCCGAUACAUAGUACAUUAGAGUGUUGUUUUGCAUCCGUACCUGAGCAUAUUGUAUACCGAAAAACUCAUUCUCUCUCUCCGUCUCAAUUGGAUUGGAAUCAUUGGGCCGUCCGUUUUGAUUUUCAUGGCCGGCCGGUGAGGGGUUUCAGAAUUGGUAUAGUGUGGUAAAUUGGUGGUAAAAAAAUGGUACUAUAUGACUAGCUUAUUAUAUCGCAAUGGUGGGACAUGUUCUCCCAUGUGCAUGCAUGUGCGAUCUGUCUUUCUUCUUCUCCCCGUGGCUCCCCACCACCUAGCUCCUUUCCUUCCCAAAUAAAUCCUCUGCCUCCCUUUUCCUCAUUUCCUUCCUUUCUCCCACAUUCCAUCCUCUCUCUCUCUCUACGUUUCUUGGAUCUGCAGAAGAAGAAGCAUCAUAGCUCAGUUCUUCAACCAUAUUAGAACAAAGGACAAGAGGAGGAUUCAAUAGUCUCUCCUUGGUCGUGAUUUCUUCCUUUCAGUCAUCGAUCCCACAAGUAGAGCUUCUUCCAACCUUCAUCAAGAGUAUCAUCACCAGGUGAGAGCUCCUUAUAUUAUACAUGGGUAAAUGACAUACUCAAUUUAGCUCCUUAUAUGCGUUGAUGAACUAAUGUCAUUCCAAACCCUAGUUAGUUAGUAUCAUUCGUGUGUUGUGUUACUCAAUUUUUCCUCACAUCUCUUCCAGCUUCUUCAUGUGAGAAUUCCUUGUAUUACCACCAUAGAUUAAUGAUGACAUAAAUGAUAUGCACAACACUCCCAAGAGAAACAACCCUUUCAAUUUCUUCCCAUUUACUCCGGUUCAUUAAUGGUUUCUCCAGCUCGAAUCGAUAUCCUAAUUUUAAAAGUUAAUUAUGUUCUCUUGUGCGAUACAGUUCAUCCAAAUAACUCGAUUCGCUCAAACCCCAGCUGUCGAUUUAGUUGGAGGAUUUGUAUGAUAUACAUAACUAAUUUUUCUACGUGGUAUAUCCUUUAAAGUUUGAAACUGAAACCAACCCAUUUUCCGAUUUUGGUUCUUGGUUAUUGGGUUGAUGAAACUUUUUCCACCUUCAUUAUCAUUCCCUCUAUAACUAAAUUUGCUAAUUGCCUUAUUUAUAUUUUUGCAUAAGGUAGAUAGAGAAAGCAUUUGCAUUCACCGUCCAAAAAUUAAAGGAUGCGUCCUCCUACAAACUCAACAACAUUCAAGCGGGAAUUCCUCAAGAAAUGGCUACUCGCCCUCCAACUAUGUAAUAACCACCACAAUAACAACAACAACAACAACGGCGUCGUAGAGAGGAAAAACACGAUCAAGCUCUCCGCCGAAAUCGCCAUGGCCGCCGCCAGGAACGGCGCCACGUGUUGGAGCCGAGCCCUCAUCGCCAAACACUCCUCCUCCUCCUCCUCCCUCCACAACCAGACGCCGCCGCCACGUCACAGCAAGAAGAGAGUACUUCGGUGCAAGAGGAUCAUAAGGAGGAGCCGGAGGUGCAUUCAUCAUGGGCCGGCGGCCCAUGGGCCCGCAGCCGCCGUGAUGAGGAGGAAGACGGCGGUGCUGAGGAAGCUGGUCCCCGGCGGGGAGUUGAUGGGCGACGAGGCGUCGUUGAUAAGGGAAACCCUAGACUACGUGACGUCGCUCCGGGCUCAGGUCGACGUCAUGCGGAGGCUUGCUCGAGCUAGCGAUCGAGCCGCCAUGUGUAAUGCAAUGAAGUGAACUAAUUUCUAAUUUGAUUCAUAUGUGUUGUUAUUAUUUUUAUAGAUAUAUAUUAUAUAUGUAGUUAUGUAGCUAUAUAUAUAUAGUCAUCGUUUUGGAGUGAUGGUAUAUGAGAAAUGGGAUGGAAGCCAUAUAUAUAUACCUUAAUUAAGGGUAUGUACAGUCUACAGAUGAAGCAUAUAUAUAAAUGUCAAGAUUUGUAUUUGGGUGUUUGGGAGGUUGGAGAUGUUUUAAUGUAGGUUUUGUGUUCGAAUCAUGUUGUGUGAAAAUGUUGUAUCGACUAUAUAUGUCAGAUGAUUAUUCGAUUAUAUUGAUUAUUAUUCUUUUGAAAAUACUCGGCCUGAGACAAAAACAUAUAUUUUGGUAAAUUAUGUGUGAUUUCGUAUAUUGAUCUUCUCUGUAGUCUUCCACAUAAAGGUAAUCUAAAAAAAACAUUCAAUUUUUCUUACUAGGUAUGAUAUAUAUGAUUAUUCUUCUACAAGUAACACAACAUGGAAAUACGACCGUUCAGUAUGUUCAAUCGAUGUUCUCAUUAAUAAUCGAGGUGUACGUGUUGGAUGUUAUGUGAUAGAUUUUGAACCGUGACUUAUCAUUUAACAUAAUCAGGGUAUAUAAUUAUAUUCAACAAUUUACCGAAUCCCAACUUGACUAGGAUAAAACUUGUCCUUUAUUGUAUGCACAUUAUUAAGGAUUAAUGCGAACUCAAUGACUUGCAUAACAAAGAUUAAUUAUGACUAAUGAUGUGGGAGCAUGUUCUUAUAACUCGAUAAAGGAUUCAUACAUGUGUCUAGCAUGUGUAUUCAAAUCAUUAUAAGGAGGAAAAAAUGUUAGGAGUAUUUCAAAAUCAGAUUACCCAUGUAGACAACAUCUCUUAUAGCUAAGCUAGGCAUUAUACAUUAUUGAAGCACAUAAUGGAGGUCGAAAAUGGCAUUUUUCAUGGUGGUAGUCGUAGUCGUAGUCGUAGUCAUGACAUAAGAUAGAACAAUGAAAUGUUACAUUUACUUAAUUGUGUAAUUUCUAAUGUUUUCUCUGUAACAGAAACUCGCAAAAAAACGAAGAAAACCAUCGCACCCCACCAAAAUAUGUCUACAUGAUCAGAGAGAGAGAGAGGGCUUCCCUCUCCUAUUUCCUAACAUGGGUUACAUGGAUUUAUAUCAUGUGAUGGUGACAAGAGAGAGAGGAGGUACGUAAGAAACAAGGAAAGGGGGAUAAUCAAUCUAUCAUGUUAAAUUGCACGUAAUGGCACGAUCCCUUUUUCAUGUGGCUAGGCUAGCUAUUCCAAUCAAUAUGAAUGUGUCUU